CGGCCCAGCACCGGGGUGAUGGGCCCUGGCGGGGGGCUCGGCUGGCCACCAGGGCCAGUGCUUUGGUUUGGCAUAAUGCAGAGAGCAUCGCGACUGAAGAGGGAGCUCUCACUCUUGACCACGGAGCCACCUCCGGGCAUUACCUGCUGGCAAAGUGAAAACCAGCUAGAUGAGCUACGAGCUCAAAUUUUGGGAGGUGCAGACACGCCAUAUGACAAAGGAAUAUUCAACCUGGAAAUAGUUGUUCCUGAAAGAUACCCAUUUGAGCCCCCAAAGAUUCGCUUUUUGACUCCUAUCUAUCAUCCUAACAUUGAUUCUGCUGGAAGGAUUUGCCUGGAUGUUCUUAAAUUACCACCAAAGGGUGCAUGGAGGCCUUCCCUGAAUAUCUCCACGCUGCUGACCUCCAUACAGCUGUUGAUGGCAGAGCCCAACCCUGAUGACCCUCUCAUGGCAGAUAUAUCCUCAGAGUAUAAGUACAACAAGCAACUGUUCUUGACAAAUGCCAAAGAGUGGACUAAGAAAUAUGCAAGCCAGCAAAAGAGGGCUUCCAAGGCUUUGGAAGAGGAAAUAAACCAAAGUGAAACAAGUACCAAAGAAUCUAUCCCACAGAAAAGAAAAGGGAGUAAUAUCUUCAAGAAGGAGAAGAAAUCUCGCCUAGAUUCCUAAGUGGUUUUUGUGGCUGUGCACUGUUGUUUUCUCUUUACAAAGGUAUAACUAAAUCUUUUAAUGGCUAUGUAGCAGUUUCAUUUUUCUGUUUCCUAGCAUUGUGUUAAU